AUGCGGGUGCGUUCACUCCUUUUGUGCAUUCGUAGGGACCCCUUGCAGCGGGCUGUCGAUGUGGCAUAUGCUUCCGGUAUGCUUUUAGGUUCAGGCAGUAGCAGAGGCACAACACAUUUCUCAGAAACUACUGCCUUCACAUCAUCAAACUUUGCGGCUGACCUGAGAGGCGGACGGGUGGGACUUGCAGGUGAUGGGGGGACAAAAUGUGACGACAGGAACGGAGAGCUCGUGCGUGGGCGAAUCCAAUUUGCCUCACGAUGCGCGGAGGGACCAUUUGUUGGUGCAUCGCCAACUGUGACGUCAUGCGCCCACAUUGAAGGUGUUGUGCGACAGGUGGAGUGUGGUUAUGUAGGAGGGGAUCGGGUGCUUCAAUUUAUUAUCGAGGUUGAAGAGGUACCCGCCAGUGGAGGCACUCCAAUGCGUCUUCCCUUAGCGGUCCGUUGGCGGCCAGGAAGUGAAGUUGCUCAGAAUCGUAUGGAUGAGUGGCAAAAGGAAAUGGAGCGACUGGUCGGGCGGCGGGUGCUGGCCAGUGGCCGGUUGCAGGUGGAGGAAUGCUUUGAUUCGGGAAGUAGGCGUUUGUACAAGACUCCUUCUCUGGUGCUCCCCGCUACGUCGACUGUUGAGAUGAUUUCUUUGCAGGAGUUGGAGUGUUAA